UGAUUUCAAACAGCGGAAUAAUGCCGUAUAAAAAUCGAUGCACAAGCAGGACGAGUACCUGACCAAUGUUCACCAGGUGACUACAAAUAUUUUUAGUAAGGUGAAGUGAAAAGGUUUAUAAGCCCUGCAUAAUUAUUUAUAGUAUGUUUUGUGUGGGAUCAAGUACAUUUUGCCUCUUGUUCUCCGGUACUGGUUAUAGCAAAUCAUGUAGUUGCGAAUCGACACCACGACGGCCAGCCACAUUCCCAUCAUGUUUAAUCUGUCCACUACUCGUACGCCAUAAUCCGUCAGCGUUAUCAUGGGCUACGAUCCCCCCAAUAAUGGUUGUUGUGAAUGAAGGUUAUAGUGUUAUUGAUUAAAAGAGAGGAGAAAAUAUAGUAACUAGUGCAGUAGACUGAAGAAGCGAGA